CGUGCUUCGCCUUCGGUGGAGCUCGUGUUUUUCCGGCAUUUUCCGGAGUAUCUUCUCAGCAGGCUUCUUGCUAACAAACAACAGCAGGCCCCGUUCCCGCUGGCCUAAUCGAUUUACGCUUUUUCUAAAUCUGGACUUGUUUCUGGAGAACCGGUGCAGGCUCCAUAUCCGUGGUUGCUUUCCGGUUCGUCCAGAGGUAAGCUCGGCUUGCUCCGUGCGUCGUGUUUUCGCUCGGUCAUUCUCGGCUAUUGUCGUUUCGGCGGAGACAUGGAGGAGGCAGACUCGGCGACGAAGGCUUUCGGGCUGGUUGAACCGCCCAUCAUCGGGCCGCCGGUGGAGGGAGUGGGCUCCGAAACGGAGUCGGAGGCCGAAGUCGCAACGAUGGCUGUGAUGCCCGAACCGGGAAACAUCGACAUCGGAGCCGAGUCCAUGCCGAACUCAGACGAGGCUUCGUACUCAGAGGUGACAGCGGAUCAUGCAGAUGUUCAGACCACAGAGGACAGUGUUUUCACCACUACAGUGGCAGCAUCAGCAGCCCUGUCUGAGCACAUGCUGAACAACAGGACCACUCUCCAGCUGGGUGAAGGUCUCAGCGCUCAGAAGGCGACUCUGAUUGUGGUUCACACUGACGGCAGCAUCGUAGAAGCUGCUGGACUGAAGUCUGCUGCCAGCAUCACAGCAGGCCCUCAGACUCCAACGACCCCCCUGACUCCACCCCAGGACAAGGACUCCUGCUCCAAGUACAACUGGGACCCUUCGGUGUACAACAACGAGCUGCCGGUCCGCUGCAGGAACACCAGCGGGGUUCUGCACAAGCUUCGCCUGGGAUCAGGUGGCAAAGGUCGCUGCAUUAAACACAACCAGCAGUGGUUCACUCCUACAGAGUUUGAGGCUCUGUCAGGCAGAGCGAGCAGCAAAGACUGGAAGAGAAGCAUCAGAUACGCCGGCAGACCUCUGCUGUGUCUCAUACAGGAGAGGAUCCUUAACCCUCACGCUGCCUCCUGUACCUGUUUAGCCUGUUGUGAUGAUCUUACACCGUCCUUGAAGGAGGAAAAUCCCCUGGCAGCAGAAAACAUCAGCAUGACUGGUCCAGUUCGCCUUUUUGUUCCAUACAAGAGACGUAAGAAAGACUCAGAUCUUCCAGUCAUCCCCACAAAAAAGGAGCUUCCAUCCUUAAAGAACAUCACAUUGAGCCCUGCAGCUACAUUCACGGUGUCUCCAUCUGGACAGUUCACCGCCUCAGAAACCCUGACGUUUGACCGAGCUCCAACGGGCGACGCCGCCGCCAUCAUCUCGGACGGUUCGGCUCAGGGCGAGGUUUAUGGUGGCACUGCAGUGCUGACAGCAUUGCCUGCGUUGUCCAUGACUCCUCAGCCCAUUCAAGCCAAAGUGGCCGUGUCAACAGCGGCGGCGUCUCCAUCGGAAACACUGGUUACAGGGCUGGACGUGGCGCCCGCUGGGGCUUCAGAGCCCGCCGGGGGGGAUGGGCAGAAGCACACGUGGCUGUAUCUGGAGGAGCUGGCCAACACGCUGCUCGCCAACGUUCAGCAGCUGAAGGCUCUGAUCGAACAGGCCAAGAGCGCGUCAGGAGAGGCCGCAGACCUCAAGGGUCAGGAGGUCAGGAAGGAGCCUCACCAGAACCAGAUCUCAUUUCAGCAGCCAGAGGACUCGGAGGCCAAGAGGAAUUCUGACAUCACAGAGAUAAUCAUCAACCAGAUGUGUGUGAACUGUGGUCGGGUGGCAAUGAACGAGUGCACAGGCUGUCACAAAGUCAACUACUGCUCCACCUUCUGCCAAAGAAAGGACUGGAAAGAUCAUCAGCACUCCUGCUGUCAGCCAGCAGGGGGCCUCGCUGGCCAGGAGGAGGAGCCAGGCUCAGCCAUGGAGAUGGACAAAGUGAAGUGAAGAAGAUCCACCGUGGACUAAACAGUGGAGGACUGUCUCAUAUUUCCUCAGCAGGAGGCACUCACAGAGACAUCUUAAUGAUACUUUUAGAACGAUAUUGAUCCCAGAGGAAACUGAAAAGAGUUUGAGGUGUCACAGAAACGCCAAAGGAAUGCAGGUCUCCUGGUCUGCAGAUGUCGUCAUUGGGUCUACUUCACCCUAACAGCUGAAAACUGUAGCGACAAACUUCACCAGGAUCCAGUUUUUUCAGUGAUUUCCUACAUUAGUUUUUUUUGCUGGACUUUUUUAAGUUUGGCAGCAACAGCAAGUGUUUUUUUUUUUUUUUUUUUACUGUAUUUCAGAUUAAAACAACAUCUGAUGAGAUUGAAGCAUAAAAUGCAUGACUAAACAACGCAAUCAGAACUGGUUUGCUUGUCCACACUGCGGUCAUGUGACAUGUGCUGUCAUGUGACGUGUGCUGUUGUGUGUCUGUUCCUCUGGUUUUCAUUCUAAAGCACCUUGAGAUACUCAAAGCGUGACCAGCGAUUUUUAUAACAAAGUUUGAUUUGA